AUGGCGGAGGACCUCACGUUGCCAGCGUCUAUCUUGAAGGCGCAGAAGCUGUUGCGUGAUGCAGCCGAGGAUUGUGGCGUGCAGAUCAGCGGAGGCUUAGGAACGGAUAGUGAAAUUGCUUUGAGCGAGCUCUUUGUCAAUCUUACUCUGCUGACGAAGAGUGAAGUAGGAACACUUUUCAAGAGCGAGUCAUUCUUUUCCUCCGAAUCUGAGAGAGCACGCCAGCUUGCUGCUAUCAGAGUAGCGCAGGAUGGAACGCCUUCGAAGACACGCGGUGUUGAGCUCAGUGAGAUCUUCCCUGACUCAAGUAGCGAUAGCGCAAAGGACCAAGCAGGUGCCAGCGAAGUAGUUGAUGCCGAAUGUGGACUGCUUGCUCGCGCAGCUAGCGAUGUGUCCAGCGCUGGAGCGAAAAAGAAGAACGUGCUGGCAUUUGGCAGCGCUGGCAGUGGCAAAUCAACGAUCUUCCUUCUCAUGUUGGAAUACCUGUGGGCUACACGUUCGUUGUGGAAGGAGAAGAUUGAUCUUGUCUUGGCUGUAGAAUUACGACAUGCCAAGGUGCGAGCGGCAACUAGCCUGUCUGAGUUACUGGAGCGGCGGUUCGCUAAUUUGAACAUGAAAAAAGACGAGCUGUUGGAGAUGGAAAGUUACUUUUGCCGCCAUCCGUCACGUCUUUGUGUUGUUCUAGACGGCAUGGAUGAAUGCAGCCUGCAGGAAUGUAGUGAGUAUAUGCAAGCCAUGCUGUUGAGAAGGAACAAUGUUGAGAUGCAUGUGGUGGUCACAUCUCGACCCUGCGCUGAUGCAUACAGGCUAAGCCAAUGCGGAAAGUACCACCAACAGCUGGAGGUUGUCGGAUUCUCACAAGAGAACGUGAAGACGUACGUGAGAAAAGUGGUGGGUGGAAAACAAGCGGAGGAGAUGCUGGAGAAGCUGCACGCACAGCCGGACAUGCUAGCACUGAUGGGAACUCCGUUAUUUGCUGCUCUGGCAUGUGAGCUGUACUGCUGUGGCCGUGGCUUGGCGAAAUCGAGCACGGCAUUGUACGAGUCACUACUUCUACGUGUCCUGGAGCGGAAUGCAGGAAAAUUGUACAAGUCGUUUGCCGAGGCGGAUGCACAGGAGCUGGAGCUGCUGAACGAGGUCUCCCGCUUUGCACUUGCAAUGCUGUCGGUGCAAAAGGCCGUGUUCAGCGAAUCGGAAAUGAAAAGCGCAGGUCUAAGUGAUGCCGCUCUUCAGCUUGGACUUCUGAUCGCUUACAAAGACGGCAGCUCGACGGAAAACCGACAGUACCGCUUCGCUCACCUGUCCCUACAGGAGUUCAUGUCGGCAUGGUAUCUGUCACGUGAAGUGCUGAAGGACGAGCAUGACGCGGCGUGGCUGGUGAAGAGAGUCGGCCAUUACAGUGGUCACAUGACAAUGUUCUGGCGCUUCGUCAUCACACUGCUACCGCGCAAGGCCUCGUUCGUCACCAUGGAGCAUCUCUGGCACCUUAUCUGUGGGCAGCGUAUAGCGUCGACAUCGGACGCUGCUGACUCUCGUCUUGUGGCGGACAUUGUCAGCUACUCCCAUCCCAAGUCUGCAAGGCCAGGCCUUGAAAGGAUGCAGACCAUGCUUUGUGCCAGCCUGACGUAUGAGAAAAUGAAGGAACUCGCCGACAAGCUGCUGGAGGAGACGUGCGGUGAGGGCAACGGCUGCCAGCGUGUCGAGAGCGCCUUGCCGCGGGGCAGAGAAUUAACAGACGAACUAUUCCUGUCAACUCUCAUCGAUGUGUGGAAGAAGGAGGCAGUGGAUGCCGACACGGAAGUAUUCCUCGCUGCUGUGCGCAACGUCAAUCCCGUCGUGGCAUCACAAUGCGAGCGUAUGAUGCUUCCACGCCCCAAUGUGUCGAUUCCAUCGUCAACCGAGGACGGUAUUGCUACGGAUAUGCCUGAAGUCCGCCCAGCGGAGUCCGAGAAGGAAGAGCGCUAUCUGGUUCAUCUUCUGGUGGCUCAUCAUGAACACUGCCAGUAUCAAGGUGCGUCCGAUCAAGGUGCGUUCUGUGAUGGUCAUUGUUCAUUCUUUUCACAAGUGUUUUCUAAAGGCAUUCGCUUUUGGUCUACACAGCUAUCUCUUUUUGAUUGUGUUUCUAUUGGGCACUUUCUCAAGACGCAUGUUUGCUUUGAUAGCAGUGCAUUUCACAUCGCUAAUUCUGGCUGUGGCAGCGCUGGUCUGCAAAGCAUUGCUGCUGGUCUGUCGCACUGCACGAGUGUGCGCAUGCUUACUCUUGCCAAGAAUGGAUGUGUUGAUGGCUGUGUUCUGUCGUCCAUCAUUCUGUCUUUGUCCGGCAGUCUAGAGAUUGUCAAUUUGGGUUAUAAUGUAUUAAGUGCUGAUGGUUUGGUAUCAGUCUGUCGAGCACUGUCUUCUUGUUCUAAGCUGAGGGAAGCCGAUGUAUGCUACCCCGCCUUUCUUCGUAGUCAAGAUGUUCCUCUCUCAUGUGUUAGCGAAGUUUUCGAGUCAUGCCCUAACCUACAUAGGCUGGAUCUAGAGGGUUGUAGCUUCCAGUGUGAUGAUGAUUGUGUGGAAAGGUUUGUGGGAGCCGUUCAGUCCCAUGCUGUGCUGGAAAUUCUAGGCGUCACACGCCAUUAUCAGAAUGCCCGAUUCCUGUCCAGGCUUGAUCAGCUAGUCUGGGACCCCACCUGUACCCUUACUACAAUCUUGAAUACACGCAUAGUAGCUGUAGCUGACUAG